AUGUCAACUUUAUCAUAAUCAUCAAGUAGCUCCUCACAAAAAUAUUACUAGAUUUUUGUAAAAGGGUUCGAGGGUAGAACAAUAUUGUUGAACUCUAGCUUAAAAUUCACUCAAAAUACUACAAUAAGAGAGCUGAAGGAAGCAGUUUCUGAUAGAACUGGCAUCAAUUUCAAGGAAAUAUUGCUAAUUUACGGGACAAAGUAGCUAGCAGAUAUUUAUGACAACAAAAACUUAAAAGAGUUUGGUAUCCAAGACAACAGUAAUCUUGUUAUGGUUGGAAGAUUAAAGGGAGGAGUAAACAUCUCUUUAAAAAUAAAACUCUUGAAUGGUAAGAAUAAUUGUUUCUUGCUCUUUGCUUUAUCAUAUAUUUUAGAUGAGGAAAUUACUGUCAAUAUUGCUGAGGAAUCUACAGUACUCGAGUUAAAGAAGCUGAUUCAUUCUCGCAAAAAUCUACUUGGGUCGGAUUAAAUGUGUCUCAUGUGUGCAGGAGUUAAACUUAAUGAUGCAAGAAAGAUUAAAUUAUGUAAUCUAAAGCAAGGAUAUGUUGUUACCCAGUCUAAAUAAGAUCUGAGUGAGAUUCCUGGAUUGAUUAUUUCAUAUGAUCCCGAUAUACUCUCAUUCGAUGAUAGUCAUGAGGCAAGAGCCAAGAUGCCUUGUGGUCAUGUAAUCUCUACUGAAUCUAUGACCUAGUUCUUGCAAUCAUUAAUUGAUGCUAAGAAGUAUGUGAUUAAAUGUCCCGCAUUCAGAGGGGAUGGCAGACCCUGUGAAACAGAGUGGGAUUACAAGCUUUGCAAAGAGAUAGGAGUUCUAACUUUAGAAGAAAGACAAAAAUUUGAGACAGGCUUCGAGAUGAAUAUGUUUUAUUAAUAGAUUGGUGGAAAGUAAUGCCCAUUCUGCGAAACUUUUGUGAUGAAAGACAUAAAUACAUAAUCAACUAAUAGAGUCAGAUGCGUAGGCUGCUAAAAUAGAAUUGGUUCUUAUGAUUUCUGUUGGAUUUGUCUUAAGAAAUGGAUAUCAAAUAGCUCUAGCCCCAAACAUUGUGGGAAUCCUGAUUGUGAAAGUGCCAAGGAUACUAACAAAAUUCUAGAAAGUUGUGGUGUAAAAAUAGUAGAUGCUAUAGCCAACAUACCAGUAACAAGAGCAUGCCCUAAUUGCAAAACUUUGAUAGAACAUACAUCAGGAUGUAGACAUAUGACUUGCACAUCUCCAAUUUGCAGAGAGAAAAAGUACUAAUUCUGCUUUAUUUGCCUUUAACCUUGGACUGGGCAUAACAACUCUACUUGUCAAGUAGCAGAAAGAUAAAAGUUAUAAGACAAAUAAUGA